UGAUUUUGUUCGGCUCAACCUCUUUGUUUUCCAUUGAAUGGAGAGAAUUUGUUGAAACAAAAUCGAUGUUUAUGUGAAUUUAUUUUCUAUUUUCAGUGAUUAUUUAUUUCGUUUAAUUUAUUGUGAUAAACAUUUUGAUUCCUUUUUAAUUUUUUGUUGGUUCAUAUUUCAAUUCAUCAUCCUGACUUCUCCAAAUUCCCAUGGAAUUGUUUUUUUAUACGGUGUGCGAAUGGGCCAUGUUAUCACUGGAGAAAUGAAUCAAGCUCCUGGACCACCGACAGCCAGACUCUAUAUAAAUAAUAACCUACCUGGAGUUAUUCCGUCUGGAAGUGCUAAUGGCCAACAAAAUCAACUGUUAACUGUCCGUGAGAGGCUCUUUAGGGUUUUAUUUAUGAAAGUAGCUGUUUGGUAUGCAUCAAAAACACCUAAUCGUUUAAGAAAAAUUAUUGAAUAUGGUGUUUUGAUUUCAGCUAUAUUUUCACUAUUAAUAUUAUCGUAUCUUCAUGUGACAUUCAUUCAGAGGCCUAUUAAUUGCCUUGAAGAUCUACAAGAUUCUUGGCCGAGAGAUGGUAUCUUGCGAGUUGAAAUAUCUAAACUGGAAGAUUUGAAUAGUUCAAAAUUGUGCUCUUCAUCUGAACCAACUUACUUUAAUUCCACAGAAGAAGAGCAGAAACAAAACGAUAAAGAUGAUAAUCACGUUGUUGAAUAUUCUCUCGAAUAUGGGUUCCUGCGAUUAUCUACUACAACUAGAAAAAAGUUAAAUAUUCCAGUCAAAGUUGUAACUCUUGACCCAAGUCGUGAUAAAUGCUUCGGUGGCCUGUUCAUUCAGUUUAUACUGAAAAACUUUCUAGGCUAUGACGAUGUGUUAAUGGGAAGCUUAAAAGCCAUAGCUGAAAAACUGGACAACAAAGGUUUUGUUCGGAAUGUAGUUACCGGAGAGCAUUAUCGAUUUGUAAAUAUUUGGAUGACCAGAACAUCUUAUAUUCCGGCUUUUUUCAUAAUGCUGAUUUUCACUUUGUCGAUAUCAAUGUUACUUCGUUAUUCACAUCAUCAAGUUUUCGUUUUCGUCGCGGAGCUCAUGCACAUGUUGGAAUUCAAUAUGAAUAUUUCAUUUCCUUUCGCUCCUUUACUAACAGUUAUAUUAGCCCUCGUUGGAAUGGAAGCUAUUAUGUCAGAAUUUUUUAACGACACGACAACAGCUUUUUAUGUCAUCCUAAUCGUCUGGGCUGCUGACCAAUAUGAUGCUAUGUGUUGCCAUACAUUACUAACACGUCGACAUUGGCUCAAAUUCUUCUAUCUUUAUCACUUUUGUUUCUAUGCUUAUGACUAUCGUUUCAAUGGACAAUACUACACUGCUCUUCUGACUUCAUGGCUUUUCAUCCAACAUUCGAUGAUCGCCUUUUUCCAUCGCUACGAAUUACCAUCAAUUUUAAUUCAUUCGAACCACAACCGUAAUAUUGUUACCGUUAGUCAUGUUGGAAUUGCUAAUGAGAAUCGUGGAGAAAAUGUUGUCAGUAGCUCUUCAGAUUCUAAUGAACUUUCUGAUCAGCCUAAUCAAAUACCAACAAAUUAAAUGUCUCUUUGUUGUUUAUCUUGAUCUUCCCUGUUGUUCAUCGGCAUCAUCACUUUCAACAAACGAAAAUACGAUAAAUACCUUGUUAAAGAUCGGUACCAAUUCAUCACUACUCUUCAUUCUAUCCGCUUCAACCACAAACUUCAAUUAAUUGAUUGUGCUGAUUGCAAGAGAAUCGCAAUGAAUUAGUAUCUAAUUAAUAUAACUUGAAUGACAUUUACUACAGUGACUGUAGUACAGUCUGUUGAUUUAAAUCAUUAAUUGAUAAUAAAAUCAACAAUUUAAAGAAAAA